CCUCAGGAAAUCCUGUCACUCAGCCAGGACUUAUAUACAGCUCAGAGUGGCCACUUCCAGCUCCUGUGGACCGUCAGCCAGGCCUCAGCUACCUUUGCUUUCUGACCAGGGAAAGGGAAGGAUUUAAGAGUAGACACAGACAUGAGAAAGAGUUCCCCGGGCACUCAGCAAAGCAAGGUAAAAUAGCUAAAUGGCCCUGACCUGGCCCGGCAUGGGAAGGAGCCAGCAUUUGCUCAGCAUGCUGCUGCUGCCUUUAAUCCCCCUCUUCCUGGGGUUGGCUGUGCAAAAUACCUGCACCCCAGCCGAAGCCACAGAACCGGCGAGAAGGUGUGAUAAGAAGUCUUUUCUAACAAUCAGGACGGAGUGCCAAGGCUGCUCAGCUAAUUAUGUAGCCAAGUGUCCAGAUGGUUACAUCAAGAUUACCAAUGACUCUUUUGGGGUUCGAGAUUGCAGGUAUUCGAUUGAGAUCAGAUCAUACUCUCUGUCUGUCCCCGGAUGCCGACACAUAUGUAGGAAGGACUACCUACAACCUCGGUGCUGCCCAGGCCACUGGGGUCCACACUGCAUGGAAUGCCCAGGAGGAGCAGGGUCACCGUGCAAUGGCAGAGGCACUUGCGAUGAAGGCAUGGAAGGAACUGGAAGCUGCUCCUGCCGAGCCGGCUUCCGCGGGACAGCCUGUGAAACCUGUGCGGCUGACAACGUGUUUGGGCCCAGCUGUUCGUCAGUGUGCAACUGUGUCCACGGUGUGUGCAACAGCGGGCUCAAUGGUGACGGGACCUGUGAGUGCUUCUCUGCGUACAGGGGCCCCAGGUGUGACAAACCCGUCCCUGAGUGUGCGGCCCUGCUCUGCCCGGAGAACUCCAGAUGCUCACCUUCCAGCCAAGACGGAACUAAACUCAAAUGCAAAUGCCUUCCCAAUUACCAAGGCGACGGCCAACACUGCAAGCCCAUCAACCCGUGUUUAAAGAGCGUCUGCCACCCUCACGCGAGUUGUACCUACCUGGGUCCAAAUCAGCACCAUUGCUCAUGCCAGAAAGGCUACCACGGGGAUGGCCAAGUGUGUCUUCCGGUAGACCCCUGCCAAACAAACUUUGGAAACUGCUCCACGAAGUCUACAGUGUGCAAAUACGAUGGGCCUGGACAGUCUCACUGCGAGUGUAAAGAGCAUUACCGCGACUUUGUGCCCGGAGUGGGGUGCAGUAUGAUCAACGUCUGUGAAUCAAACAACCCGUGUCAUAAGAAUGCAAACUGCAGCACGGUCGCACCAGGCCAAGCCCGGUGCACUUGCCGGAAAGGUUACAUGGGCAACGGCCUGACCUGCUAUGGAAACAUCAUGGAGAGACUCAGGGAAUUAAACACGGAACCCAGAGGAAUGUGGCAAGGAAGGCUGACCUCUUUCAUCUCCAUCCUGGACAGAACUUACGCCUGGCCACUGAGCAACCUGGGACCCUUCACUGUGCUGCUGCCCUCAGACAAGGGAUUAAAAGGAUUCAACGUGAAAGAGCUUCUGAUGGACAACGAGGCAGCUCGGUACUUUGUGAAGCUCCACAUCAUUGCGGGGCAAAUGAGCACCAGGCAGAUGAAUGACACAGACACCUUCUACACACUGACCGGAAAGUCGGGGGAAAUCUUCAACAGGGAUAAGGACAAUCAACUAAAACUCAAACUUAACAGAGGUGAAAAGGUGAAAAUCAUCCAGGGGGACAUAGCUGCUUCAAAUGGGCUUAUACACAUGGUUGACAGGGCCAUGGACAAGAUAGAUCCCACACUUGAGAGCAACCCCGAGCAAACCAUCAUGAAAAUACUACAGCCAAGAUUCAGCAGGUUCAGCUCUUUGCUAGAGAAAACCAAUGUUGGACACGCCCUAGAUGAAGGUGGAGCUGGUGGCCCAUACACCGUUUUUGUCCCAAACAAUGAAGCGUUGGAUAGCAUGAAGGCGGGCACCAUUGAUUACCUCCUUUCUCCAGAGGGCUCUCGGAAACUUCUGGAACUCGUAAGAUACCACAUUGUCGCGUUUACCCAGCUGGAAGUGGCCACUCUCAUUUCGACACCCCACAUCAGAACCAUGGCCAACCAGUUCGUGAAGUUUAACAUAACCCGCAACGGACGGAUUCUGGUAAAUGAUGUGGCAGUGGAAGAAACCGAGGUCGCUGCCAAAAACGGCCGAAUUUACAUGCUGACCGGCGUCCUUGUUCCUCCCUCCAUCGUCCCGAUCCUUCCCCAUCGAUGUGACGCAACAAAGAGAGAAAUGAGAUUGGGCACUUGUGUGAGCUGUUCCUUGAUACGUUGGAGCAAAUGUCCUGCCAACUCCGAACCCAUGGUCCUCUUCACACGCAACUGUGUCUACAAAAGCAGGACGGGGAACCUGAAGAGUGGCUGUGCCCAGUACUGCAAUGCCACCAUGAAGAUACCAAAAUGCUGUAGUGGCUUCUUUGGGCCUGACUGCAACCCAUGUCCGGGAGGCUUCUUGAAUCCAUGUUCUGGAAAUGGGCAGUGCAUAGACGGCCUCAGCGGCAACGGGACCUGCAUCUGUGAGGAUGGCUUCCAAGGCUCCAGGUGUCAGUUCUGCUCCGACCCCAACAGAUACGGACCUCGGUGUAACAGAACCUGCCUGUGUGUCCACGGAGCGUGUGAUAACCGUAUAGACAGCGAUGGAGCCUGCCUUUCGGGAACAUGCCGAGAGGGCACUUCCGGGAGGUUCUGCGACAAGAAGCCCUCAGCCUGCGGGCCCUAUGUACAGCUCUGUCACAUCCAUGCCACCUGUGAAUACAGCGACGGGACAGCCAGUUGUGUCUGCAACGAGGGAUAUGAAGGGGACGGAACCCUCUGUUCUAAGAAGGACCCUUGCGUGGGAUCAACCUCCAGAGGAGGCUGUAGUCCAAACGCGGAAUGCAUCCGAACGGGCACAGGGGCACAUGUCUGUGUGUGCCAGCAGGGCUGGACAGGGGACGGAAGAGACUGUGUGGUGAUCAACAACUGUCUGCUGCCUGGCAGAGGCGGCUGCCAUGACAAUGCCACCUGUUUAUAUGUAGGCCCCGGGCAGAAUGAAUGUGAGUGCAAGAAAGGAUUCCGAGGAAAUGGGAUUGAUUGUGAGUCAGUCAUUUCAUGCUUGGAACAGGCAGAGAAAUGUCACCCCCUGGCCACCUGUCAAGCCGAUGCCUCUGGCGUUUGGAGCUGCGUUUGUCAAGAGGGCUAUGAAGGGAAUGGCCUGCUGUGCUACGGAAAUGUGCUCAUGGAACUGUCACGUCUCUCUGAAGCAGCUGUGUUUUACCAGUGGAUAAUCGAUGCUUCCCUGCAAUCCAUGCUGUCUGCCACCCCGAAUCUCACUGUCCUUGUGCCUUCCCGGCAAGCCAUUGGGGACAUGGACAAGAAUGAGAGAACCUUCUGGUUGUCACGGAACAAUAUGCCAGCCCUGAUAAAAUAUCACACAAUACGAGGCACAUAUGGAGGGGCCGAUCUGCAGAACCUGUCAUCCUCCGACAUGCUAGCAACAUCCUUGCAAGGAAGCUUCCUUCACCUGCACAAGGCGGAUGGGUUGCAGAAUAUCACCAUUGAGGGGGCAUCCAUUGUGGACGGUGACAAUGCAGCCACAAACGGAGUGAUACAUGUCAUCAACAAGGUGCUGGUGCCCCAAAGAAGUCUGACUGGCUCCCUACCAAACCUCCUCACCCGUCUGGACCAGAUGCCCGACUACUCCAUCUUCCGAGGCUAUAUCAUUCAAUACAGUCUGGCAAGCGCGAUUGAGGCUGCAGAGGCUUACACUGUGUUUGCUCCAAACAAUGAAGCCAUCGAGAGUUAUAUCAGGGAGAAGAAAGUCACAACUCUGGAGGAAGACAUACUUCGGUACCACGUGGUCCUGGAGGAGAAGCUCCUGAAGAAUGACCUGCACAACGGCAUGCACCGAGACACCAUGCUGGGCUUCUCCUACCUCCUCGGCUUCUUUCUCCACAAUGACCAGCUGUAUGUCAACGAUGCUCCAAUAAACUACACCAACGUGGCCACUGACAAAGGAGUGGUCCACGGUCUGGGGAAAGUCCUGGAAAUUCAGAAGAACAGAUGUGAUGAAAAUGACACCACCAUUGUGGGAGGAAUUUGUGGGAAGUGUUCCCAGCAAACAGUCUGCCCACUUGGAACAAAACCACUUGGCGAGACCAGGAAGUGCAUCUACACCAUUUACUUCAUGGGGAAGAGAUCCGUCUUCCUGGGGUGCCAGCCAAAGUGUGUGAGGACCGUCAUCACAAAAGCGUGCUGUGCUGGCUUCUUUGGCCCACAAUGCCAAGCCUGCCCCAGGAAAGAUCAGAAUGUGUGCUCUGGGAACGGCUUCUGUCUGGAUGGCGUGAACGGCCUCGGCACGUGCAACUGUGAGCAGGGCUUCAAUGGGACGGUCUGCGAGACCUGCACAGAGGGCAAGUACGGGGCCCACUGUGACCAAGCGUGCUCUUGUGUCCACGGGCGGUGUAACCAAGGACCCUCAGGAGACGGCUCCUGCGACUGUGAUGUCGGCUGGCGAGGCGUGCACUGCGACAUCGAGAUCACAAAAGACAGCUGCAAUGGGACCUGCCAUACCAGUGCCAACUGCCUUCUCGAUCCAGACGGCAAAGCCUCGUGCAAAUGUGCGGCAGGAUUCCAAGGGAAUGGAACAGUCUGCACAGCCAUCAAUGCCUGUGAGGUCAGCAACGGAGGAUGCUCUGCCAAGGCCGACUGUAAAAGAACCACCCCAGGAAACCGGGUGUGUGUGUGCAAGGCGGGCUAUACGGGUGACGGCAUUGUGUGCCUCGAAAUAAACCCGUGUUUGGAGAACAAUGGCGGCUGUGACAAGAACGCAGAGUGCACGCAGACAGGGCCCAAUCAAGCCGUCUGUAACUGCUUGCCAAAGUUCACUGGAGAUGGGAAGGCCUGCACACUCAUCAAUGUCUGCUUAAUCAAUAAUGGCGGCUGCAGCCCAUUUGCCACCUGUACCCAUACUGGACAAGAUGAGAGGAUUUGCACCUGCAAGCAGAACUACACGGGGGAUGGAUUCAUCUGCCGCGGCAGCAUCUACGGGGAACUUCCUAAGAACCCAACAACGUCGCAGUAUUUUUUCCAGUUGCAGGAGCAUGCUGUCCGAGAGCUGGCUGGACCCGGCCCCUUCACCGUGUUUGCGCCUUCAUCUGCUUCCUUCAAUCAGGAGUCCAGGAUUAAAGACUGGGAUGCACAGGGCCUCAUGUCCCAGGUUCUCCGGUACCACGUGGUUGCCUGCCAACAGCUGCUGCUGGAAAACCUCAAAGUGACCACGAGUGCCGUGACCCUCCAAGGCGAGCGGAUUUCCAUCUCUGUCUCUCAGGGUACCGUGUACAUAAACAACAAGGCGAAGGUCCUGUCCAGUGACAUCAUCAGCACCAAUGGCGUCAUCCACAUCAUAGACAGAUUGCUGUCUCCCCAGAACUUGAUCAUCACCCCCAAAGAUGCUUCAGGCAGGGUUCUGCAGAAUCUUACUACAGUGGCAAUGAGCCAUGGCUACACCAGAUUCAGCAAGUUAAUACAGGACUCCGGCUUGCUGAGCGUCAUCUCUGACCCCAUCCACACCCCAGUCACUGUCUUCCUGCCCACGGACAAAGCCCUCCAAGCCCUACCCCCAGAGCAGCGGGACUUCCUGUUCGAUCAAGACAACAAUGACAAGCUGAAGGAGUAUCUGAAGUUCCACGUGAUCCGGGACUCCAGGGCUUUGGCUUCAGACCUGCCCAGGUCUGCCUCCUGGAAGACACUGCAAGGUUCAGAGCUGAGUGUAACAUGUGGAACCGGCCGUGACGUCGGCGAGCUCUUUCUAAACGAACAAAUGUGCAGGAUCAUCCAGCGAGGACUCUUGUUUGACCUGGGCGUGGCCUAUGGCAUCGACUGCCUGCUAACGAAUCCCACCCUGGGUGGCCGGUGUGACACUUUUACCACCUUCAAUGUUUCGGGGGACUGUGGGAGCUGUGUCUCUACCCCCAGAUGCCCGUCGUGGAGCAAACCAAAGGGUGUGAAGCAGAAGUGUUUCUACAAGCCACUGCCUUUCGAGAGAAACAGGGAAGGCUGCCGGCAGCUGUGCACCCUGGUCAUCCGGCUCCCCAGGUGCUGCAAGGGUUACUUCCUGCCACACUGUCAGGCCUGCCCCGGAGGACCGGAUACACCGUGUAAUAACCACGGUGUCUGCCAUGAUCUGUACUCGACCACAGGACAGUGCCAGUGCAACACCGGUUUCAACGGGACAGCCUGUGAGCUGUGCUGGCCGGGGAGAUUUGGGCCAGACUGUCAGCCCUGUGGCUGCUCAGAGCACGGACAGUGUGAUGAGGGAAUCUCCGGCUCUGGACAGUGCUUCUGUGAAGCAGGGUGGACAGGCCGCUUCUGUGACACUCUCUCAGUUGUGUUUCCAGUCUGCAUGCCUCCUUGUUCUGUGCAUGCCACAUGUAUGGAGAACAACACGUGUGUGUGUAACCUGAAUUAUGAAGGUGACGGAAUCACGUGCACAGCUGUGGAUUUCUGCAAACAGAACAACGGGGGCUGUGCAAAGGCUGCCAAGUGCUCUCAGCAGGGCACACAAGUCUCCUGCAGCUGCAAGAAGGGCUACCAGGGAGACGGCCACAGCUGCACAGAGAUAGACCCCUGUGCGGACGGCAUCAACGGUGGAUGUCACGAGCACGCCACCUGCAGGAUGACUGGCCCAGGCAGGCACAAGUGUGAAUGUAAGAGUCACUAUGUGGGAGACGGAGUGAACUGUGAGCCCGAACAGCUACCGCUGGACCGCUGCUUACAGGACAACGGACAGUGCCAUCCAGAUGCUAACUGUGCAGACCUCCACUUCCAGGACACGACUGUUGGGGUAUUCCAUCUGCGCUCCCCACUGGGCCAGUACAAACUGACCUUUGACAAAGCCAAAGAGGCCUGUGCCAACGAAGCCGCAACCAUGGCCACCUACAACCAGCUCUCCUAUGCCCAGAAGGCCAGCUAUCACCUCUGCUCAGCCGGCUGGCUGGAAAGUGGGCGGGUUGCCUACCCCACAACCUACGCCUCUCAGAAGUGUGGUUCAAACGUCGUGGGGAUAGUGGACUACGGAAACAGGCCCAACAAGAGUGAAAUGUGGGAUGUCUUCUGUUACCGGAUGAAAGAUGUGAACUGCACCUGCAAGGUGGGUUAUGUGGGUGACGGCUUCUCGUGCAGUGGGAACAUGCUGCAGGUCCUCACGUCCUUGUCCUCGCUCACGGACUUCCUGGCGGAGGUGCUGGCUUAUUCCAACAGCUCAGCCCAAGGCCGGGCAUUUCUGAAACACCUGACUGACCUGUCCAUCCGUGGAACCCUAUUCGUGCCACAGAACAGUAGGCUCAUGGAAAAGAAGAGCCUGUCCGGGCGCGACAUUGAGCACCACCUCACCAACGUCAGCGUCUCUUUUUACGACGACCUCGUCAAUGGCACCGUUCUGACGACCAGGCUGGGAGGCCAGCUGUUCAUCACCUCCCGGCAGGACCAGCUCCACCAAGAGACCAGGUUUGUGGAUGGAAGAGCCAUUCUGCAGUGGGACAUCAUUGCCUCCAACGGGCUCAUUCAUGUCAUCUCUGAGCCUCUGAAAGCCCCCCAUGUGCCAGCAAGCCCUGCCCACACUGGCCUGGGGACAGGCGUCGUCUGUGCUGUCAUCCUGGUCGCCGCUGCAAUUGCUCUGGUCGCCUAUUCUUACUUCCGACUAAACCAGAGAACAACUGGCUUCCAGCGUUUCGAGUCAGAAGAGGACAUCGAUGUCUUGGCCUUUGGCAAACAGCAGCCCGAGAACAUCGCAAACCCUGUGUAUGAGAGCUCACCAUCAGCACCCCCCGAGGACUCCUGUGACCCCUUCCCAGACGCUGAAGAACAGGAGGUGGAGAGCAGCGACCCCCUGGGGGCACUGAGGUCCUGAUGUGAGCAGCCAGCCAACAGCCAGUGCCAUGUGAACUCCCGAGCCAGCAUGGCUCCACUGUGGAUUCUCAACACUAGCUGUCUCUUGGAUCAUUUACUGUUUCACACUAUGAUACAGUCAGAAACCAUACCUCACCUCUCUGGUUAAUAGAGGGCUGUUUCCAUGGGCAAGGUGCCACGUUCCCAGGACCAUCCAGAGGGACCUCUACCUCCUCUGAGUCUGUUGUUCUGGGCAUUCCAGAUGGCCUUGCUCUGUUCUGCCUUAUCUUUUAGGUUAACUGUGAUCCUGUGGUAUUUUCCUGUUACUGUAAGUGCCUAAGGCAGGGCUUCACCUCGUGAACUUUGUAUCCCAGUACCCAGAAGUACCUGCCACAAGGAUGUGCUCAAUAAAUAUUAUAGAACAAAAUAAAAAGUCACUAUGUGCCUAGGAGGGGUCAAGCUAUGACAGCAAACUACUUAUUAAGGUUAAUUAGAGCCUUUCAAUUGGCCAACGUUUGUCUCAUGAAUUCUGUAGCCUUGUUUCCUUGCAUCUACUUUAAGCCGAUGAGAGACCACUUCACACCCGCUAGGAGAGCAAUGACCAAACUGCCCAUCGGAAGACAAGCAUUGGCGAGGGUGUGAAGAUCUGGAAUGUUUUGCCGGUGGAAACGUAAUGCAGAGGCACUGUGGGAGUCUCACCGCUCCUCAGACAGUCCAACAGGAUCCCCACAGAAGCAGAACUCCCCCUCAUAGGCACAUACCUGAGGGAAAUGAAUGGCUGCCCUCCCAGAGACUCACAUGCACUCAUGGUGACAUGCUUCCUACCAGCCCAGAAGCAGAAUCACCCAUGUCCGUCAUCUGACACAACUGAGCUGUGCGGUAUCCGAGCAACACGCUUAAAGGACGCAGUGUUGCCAUGUGCUAACGCACCUCGGUGUUGUAAGACAGUGGCCACAGCUGCUGCUCUUCCCCAUCCCAACCCUUCUCCUCCUUCCCUCUCCUCCCCGUGUCACCCAGGUUGCCUUAAAGUCCAGAUUCUCCUGCUUUAGCCUCCAGAGUGCUAGGACCAUGGGCAUAAGCUACUAUAUCCAACUGUGCUAUUUUUUUUUUUCCAUGAGACUGGGGAGCUGGGAGGGGGAAUAAAAAAGGCUUUAAAACCACCAACCCAGUCACUUUUACAGCUAAACAGCCUCGGUUGACACAAGGUUGACGACUUCUGGGAUCGGGCUGAACCCAGGCUCUGUCUCCCUGAGCCCAGGGUCUGCAAACUCACAUCUAUGGACUUGGGAUGAAGAUUUCAGUAGACUGACAUGCUGGUGCCUUCUCCCUGUGGACAAUUGCUCACGACUCAGUAUGCUUUGACAGCUAGCUGGCUCUGUACCAUCCCAGUACUAGCCAUUAGAGGGCACAGUGUUGGCAUGAUGGAGCCAUUCUGGGGGACAGAGAGGAAGGCUGGGAGGAACAAACACAAGCAAGCAGACGAACCGCCAUUUCUUGUUCUCCAGUAUGUUGCACCCCCAACCACCCCCACCCCUGCAUCCCCCACACCUGCAUCCCCCACCCCUGCUGCCUGCCCGAGACAGAGCUCACACAAGUUUCUGUCUGAAAUCUCCAGCUUCAAACCCCAGAAACAAUCUACAUUUCACCCUUUAUCAGUACCCUUUUGUGGGUCCAUUAGAUUGCUUUUUGGGGGUGCUAGGCAUCAAACUCAGGGCCUCAAGCAUGCCGGGUAAGCACUCUACCAGGGAGCUGUAGUCCCAACCCUAGGAUUACUUUUUGAUCUUUGAUUUCCUUUAGUAAAAUAACCUCAACUCCUGGGGCCGACCAUGUUUUGUGACUGACUUAAGUACACAGCUGACAGUGUACCAACAAACCAGGAGAUACACCUCAAGCUUUUAUUUGGCUGUAAGUUCAUUAUCACAACAUAUACAAUCAACAUGUAGAAUAAAUAGCAAACUGACAUUCCAAAUAAAUAGUAAACCUACGUCGCAUUUAUCGUGCCUGAUACCACACAGGCACAAUAUAUCAUUCCACUACACAAGAACUACAUUGGAGCCCAGGCUCGUAACAGAAGACACGGGAGCACUGUGGGAGGAGAAUGGAAAUACAUGCUUCAUGCAGGAAGCUGUUACAUGGGGUUCUGCCUGGAGCAGCAUCUGAGAAGGGAAGGCGCAGGCCAGUCAGUAGGGUGGGCGUCUUUCUCUUCUCUUGUUCCCCAGUGUUAGCCACCAGGGGGGUUUGGCAGCUGGCAUCUAAUGUCAGCAGGUGAUGCUCAGCACUGCUCAGCACUGUCAGGAUCUCAAAGGGAUGCCCCUAGGGCAUUCGGAGCAGCACGCAUCCUUUGGAGCUCCUGACAGUACUGAGCGUCACCUGCUGGCAUUAGAUGCCAGCUGCCAAAACCCCCAGCGUCUAACGCCGGGGAACAAGUGAACAGAAAAAUGCCCACCCUAUCUUUAAAAAAAAGAUCAGAAUGCUCAGCCCCAGUGUUUAGAACACGACACAGGAGGAGGGGGCCUGGAGGGUCACCUCUGCCACGGUGUUCAACACAACAAACAGCCAAGAUCCCCAUGGUAAUACAUGGCAUCACAGUGGGUGCUGGGCAGCCAUUCUGUAUGUGGGCAGGCGCCCUACGAAAGGCCAGUGAGCAGUCUAUCAGCAGAUAGUUACGAUCUAUGUACUGUAGUAAAGGUGCCAAAUAGCGAGCACUCGCCACAAGCCUCCUUCAUUCGUGCCAUUCUUUAGAUUUAACAAGUGCCACACCACAGUUGCACGCCUGUAACCCAACACUCAGGAGACUGAGGCAGGAGGAUUGAGUCCAAGGCCAGCCUGGGCUCCAUUGCAAAACCCUAAGUGGAGGGGAUGAGGAGGGGGAGAGGAAAGAAGAGCAGCUACGGCGGCCGCGGGAGCGCCACAUCAGCCGGCAAGGCUAAUCAGGCCACAGCACAGGACUGUGUCAUCCCCCCCCCCCCCCGCAACAGCAGCCAUCUCUGUGGCUCUCAAAGCAUCAAAUACGUCCGAAGACACUGAAAAGCAGAUGUAAUAAAGGAUUCCUUCCUCCAGAGCAUGGAGGGAGGAAGAGAUGCCCCCCUGUGAUCUUGGCUCUCAGCAUGAACUUUGAAAUUCCACCAGCGAGCUGCCUGUCCCAAGCGCCCUAGCACACAGGCUUGCACUGGCCACAGACUGAGCCCCACGGCUCAGCUUCUUUUCUUUUAUGAUGUCCGACUGAAAGGCAGUUCUAACUAGAGCUGCCAUCCCCUCACCCACUCCUGGGGGAGGCGGGAAUCUGGCCAUCACCCCUUAGCAAGGGGCAGACAAAGCAGGUUCACACUGAGGACAAAUGCUUCUUGUUCUUCCUCAACAAAGUCGUUCUGGGAGGCUCUGGUCUCCUGGAGCAGCAUGUGUCAAAGUCUGCAAAAGCCCAGGGUCAGAAGACGGGGGACCUGGCGGCAGAUGUCACCGUGCCCUCACAGUCCCCAAGGCUCUGCUUGUAAACAACCAAGAAACGUCUCACAGAACCACGGCGUGUCCUCUCUUGACCUGAUGAACACAGACAGCAUCAAGAGGGCUCACUUGUCUCAAAAGCUUGGCAUUGGUUCCACAGUAAACAAGGCUGCAUCCGUGCUUCAAUGCUGUGUGUGGAGGAGGGCAGAACCAGGCGGCCAGCUCCUGUCUCUACCUGAACAGGACAGUAUUCGUG